GGCCGCGGGAGGAGCUGGGGCCCCGCGGCCGCUGACUCAGUCGCGCGGAGGAAGGGACGCGAGAGGUGGCCUCAGGCCGGCCAGACAGAGUUCGCUAGGGAAGGAGCGGAGAGCUGGUUCCGGCGUGAGGAGACCCUGAAAAAGAGGAGCGCCAAAGGGACGACUGGAAGAGGAAGAUGCCUACCACAGACUUUCUGAUGUUGAAGUCCUUUGAGCCCUACUUAGAGAUUUUGGAAGCAUACUCUACAAAGGCCAAGAAUUAUGUAAAUGGGCAUUGUACCAAGUAUGAGCCCUGGCAGCUAAUUGCAUGGAGUGUCUUGUGGACCCUGCUGAUUGUCUGGGUAUAUGAGUUUGUCUUCCAGCCAGAGAGUUUAUGGUCAAGGUUUAAAAAGAAGUCUUUUAAGCUCAUCAGGAAGGCACCUGUUUUGGGGGAGAAGAUACAAGAGAAGAUAAACAAAGCCAAGGAGGAUAUUAGCAAGAAUAUGUCAUUCCUGAAAGUGGAUAAAGAGUAUGUGAAAACUUUGCCUGCCCAGGGUCUGAGCUCAUCUGCAGUUCUGGAGAAACUCAAGGAAUACAGCUCCAUGGAUGUUGUCUGGCAAGAAGGGAGAGCCUCCGGAGCCGUGUACAGUGGGGAGGAGAAGCUGACUGAGCUCCUCGUGAAGGCUUACGGAGAAUUUGCAUGGAGUAACCCCCUGCAUCCGGAUAUCUUCCCAGGACUGCGUAAGAUAGAGGCAGAAAUUGUGAGGAUAGCUUGUUCCCUGUUCAACGGGGGACCAGAUUCCUGUGGAUGUGUGACCUCUGGGGGUACAGAAAGCAUACUGAUGGCCUGCAAAGCUUAUCGGGACCUGGCCUUUGAGAAGGGUAUCAGAACUCCAGAAAUUGUGGUUCCUCAAAGUGCUCAUUCUGCAUUUGACAAAGCAGCCCAUUAUUUUGGUAUGAAGAUUGUGCGGGUCCCACUGACCAAGAUGAUGGAGGUGGAUGUGCGGGCGAUGAGGAGAGCCAUCUCCAGUAACACCGCCAUGCUCGUGUGUUCUGCCCCGCAGUUUGCUCACGGUGUGAUAGAUCCUAUCCCUGAAGUGGCCCAGCUGGCCGUCAAAUACAAAAUACCUCUUCACGUAGACGCUUGUCUGGGGGGCUUCCUCAUCAUCUUUAUGGAGAAAGCAGGAUACCCACUGGAGCAACCAUUUGAUUUCCGGGUGAAAGGUGUGACCAGCAUUUCAGCCGAUACCCAUAAGUACGGCUACGCCCCCAAAGGCUCUUCGCUGGUGUUAUACAGUGACAAGAAGUACAGGAACUAUCAGUUCUUCGUUGCUCCGGAUUGGCAGGGUGGCAUCUACGCUUCCCCAACCAUUGCAGGCUCACGGCCUGGUGGCAUUAGUGCAGCCUGUUGGGCUGCCUUAAUGCACUUGGGUGAGGACGGCUAUGUUGAAGCUACCAAACAGACCAUCAAAACUGCUCGCUUCCUCAAGUCAGAACUAGAAAAUAUCAAAGGCAUCUUUGUUUUGGGGAAUCCCCAAGUAUCAGUCAUUGCUUUGGGCUCCCAUGAUUUUGACAUCUACCGAUUAUCUAACCUGAUGACUGCUAAGGGCUGGCACUUGAACCAGUUGCAAUUCCCACCUAGUGUUCAUUUCUGUAUCACAUUAGUACAUGCCCGGAAGCGAAUAGCCAUACAAUUCCUAAAGGACAUCCGGGAAUCUGUCACUCAAAUCAUGAAGAAUCCUAAAGCAAGGACCACAGGAAUGGGUGCCAUCUACGGCAUGGCCCAGACAAUCUCUGACAGGAAUCUGGUUGCGGAAUUAACCUCGGUCUUCUUGGACAACUUGUACACCACAGACUCUGACAUCCAGGGCAGCCAAAUAAACGGCUCUCCAAAACCCCGCUGAACUUGGACCCUUUCUAGUCCCAAGGGGCUUCUGGACUUCAGAAGGUUCUGGGGUAUGGAACAGGUCAUGCAAAACUGAGACAUCUGGUCUUGCUCCAUAGAGCACAAGAUGACCACAAGACAGCUUGAUCCUCAGGAUUCUUAUUCCUCCUUUUGUCAUCUUUUUGUGUUUUUUUAAUUUGAAGACUUAGAAGGAUUCCAUAAUGUGAUGAUUUUGCCCUUGUUUAGAAAUGUUACUGUAGGAAUUGUUAUCAUUUCCUCCUCUAACUUCUUUAGCUUUUAAUUUCACUUUAUCAUUGUAUGGUGGCUCUGACCUGUCCUGAUUCCUUAGGGAAGCUGGGGUACUUUUAUGAAUAGCAUAAGGGUUUAUUUGUUAUCUCAGGCAGAUGUUUUGGCUGGUCAGAUAGGAAGCACUAUGUAACAGAUGUUUCCCCAGCUGGGUGUUAAUUACACUUUAAGCAGGAGGCUCAUUCAGCCCUUCUCUUAGGAGGAGGUUAGUUGUCUCUCUUAGAAUCACUUUUAUUUUUCCAGGACACACAUCCACCAGGCCAUUGUUCUCUAUUAUGUAGGACUUGCUUAGUCUACCAAGGCAGGGUUUGGGGUGGUCCAUUUGGAGUGGUCUUUUCUGUGCUUGCAGUCCCCGUUUGACAUGGUUGUCACCAUCUUUGCAGACUCUUGUUUGAAGUGAUGCUCCCAUUGAUCUGUUCUUGUUCUCAUGGACUAGGAAGAGAUAUUCUUUCCAGAGAAUCUAGGACCUUCUGGCUGCAGUGCAGCUGCCCUGAAUUGGCAGUAGUCAGAGCACACCUGAGCCUUCUUCUGGAUUGGUGAUGAGCAAAAACCAGACCCUUUUCUACACUUUUCUGAAUAUCAGAGUAGGAUGAUACCCAGAUUCAAAUAUGUAUCACCCAAGUUGGUGGUUGUCUACCCCGCCAUUGCUUUAAGCCAUCAUGUAAUGUAAAUAUGUUUGCUUGAAGGCACAGCUCAAAGCACCUUCACAAGUUGCCUUGCCUUACCCUAGGUGGAUGCGAGGAAGGUGUGAAAGGUUUUCUUUUUGCUAAGUGUGUUCUUUCUGCCCCCACCCCCGCCUUUAUUCAAUGUCCAAAAGUACUUAGCUUCAGGUACUGGGUGCUUCUCAGCCCCCCAAAAGGGAGCAGCAAAAGGACAUAAACAUUUUGGGAUAGGAAAGCCCGAUGGCAGGCAGCCAUUGUGGCCUAGGCCCAGAAUUCCUUCAUAAGACUUGUUGCUCAGGGUGGUGCAGGGACAGGACCAGACUCUGCACCCACUUCCUACCCUCUUCUCCCCUAUAGGGGACGCUGGUCUAGGUUGAGCUACUGUCCUGCUCUAAUGACAUAGUAUCAUGUGCCUUCUCAGCAGUGAGCGGUGAGCUCUUCCUGGCCCAGGCCGCAGGGGAAAUGGAUCAGUCUUUGAAGUUUCUAUGUGGGUAGGGGAGACUUAGGACAUGUCAGAAGAAACUUUCCUCUGUUCCAUUCCCCAUCUCAGGGACUCCUGAACGUUCAGCCUCUCCAGGCUGGGAUCCUUUAGCCUCCCCCACUGGGAGUGCUGGCUGAAAGAGCCAAGACUACCGGACUUUUCCUCAAGCUUUUUAGUGCAUUUGUCUCAAGUGUUCUGUAGCACUGUACCUGUUACCCAGCAACUGUGACGAGCUGGCCUUGUUACUGCAGGGCUGGUAGGGUAUGUAUGUGUGUGAUUACUUCCCGUUUGUUCUGCAGUGCGUUGUGGGUUCCAGAAGUGGUUGAUGUUUGGGUGUAUCCGUGUCAGAGGAAGAAGCUGAGAUCCUUAGGACAAGGGAGUCACAUGUUUCCUCCCAGUUACUGAACUGGCAGGCACCUCCUUGAGAGAGUAGCUGUGGUCAGAGGUUGGUGUGAAUCUUCUCGGGUCUCCAGUGCAUGACACUGAAGGAAGUCCAGAGAAGUCCCAAACCUCAGUGCGGAGUGCAGCGGGUACCACUAUGGCUGCGGUGUGCCAGCUGCGGUGGAGAGAAGCGUGGGCCCUGCUGAGUGUGCGGGUGUUUCCAGUGUCUCCCCAGGACCAGGCCCCAGAGCCACUUACUACUUCUGCACUAUGACAACAUUGGUGUUUUUCAAAGGGACCUACUGUAGCCACUUAAAUUUAUGAUUAGGAGCCUUAGUGUGACUUAACACUCAUAUACUUUCAUUUUGUGUGUUUGUGCAUCUGUGUGUGCACAUAGUAAUGUCUAGUCUGUGGCAGAAACUGUACUGUCUUGUUACUGCAUUAGAAGUAAGUGGUUGUGAAUAUACUGCCAUGUCACUUUUAAUAUUACCAGUUUUAUACUUGGAAGAUGGUACUUGCUUCUUUUAAAUUUUCUCUCUUUUCUUCUAACCUCCCCCCUUCCCAUCUCAAUGUUUCCUUCCUAAUUGCAGCAAUAAUUUCUUAAAAUGUAAUUAAAUAAUUAAAUGACCC